GUCAGUCCUCCUGCAGCGGGGAAACAUGAAGGUUCUGGUCGCACUGUCCGCUGUGCUGGCGCUGGGCGCUGCCCAGUACUCGCCGGUUGGGUACCCAUACUACGGGUACAGCCCGGUGAGCUACUACGCCGGCGGCGCGUACAACCAUUACGCCCCGACGGUGUACAGCGCGGCGCCAGCCGCUACCGUCAGCUCGCAGUACCACGCUCAGGAUGAGCUGGGCCAGUUCAACUAUGGCUACGCCGGAGGCCCGUCUGCCAAGAACGAGUUCAGGAGGUUCGAUGGCGCCACCGUUGGCAGCUACAGCUACAUAGACGCCAACGGCAAGGUGCAGACCGUCUCCUACACGGCCGACGAUGUCAACGGCUUCCAGGUGAAGGCGACCAACCUUCCUGUGGCCCCGGAGGCAAACCUGCAGGCGCCCGAGUUCAACCUGGAGGCGCCCGUGUUCGACGGCGUGGCUCCCGAGCCGGUGCAGGACACGGCCGAGGUGGCCGCCGCCAAGGCCGAGUUCCGCAAGAAGUACGCCGAGGCGGCGGCCGCUGCCGCCGCUGCGGCCACCUUCAAGACCGCAACUCUGGAUAAGGUGGAGGCCGACACCCCGGCCGACACCACCCUGCUGAAGGUCACCGAGAAGGAGCACGAGACGUACGUGCCCAGCGUGGUCUCUUACGCCGCCCCCGCCGUCCACUACACCACCCCCGUGGUCUCCUACGCUGUCCCCGAGGUGAAGAAGGUUGAGGUCAAGCAUGUGGCCUCUCCCAUCACAUACGCUGCCUCUCCUCUUCCCCUGGCCUAUGGCCUGCACCCGUACGGCUACGGUGCUCCUCUCAUCUACAACGUGGAGGCCAAGGAGGAGACUGCCGCUGUCGAGGAGGCUGCCGAGGAGGAGCCGGCCGUCGCCACCUUCAAGACGGCCACCCUGGAUAAGGUGGAGGCCGACACCCCGGCCGACACCAGCCUGCUCAAGGUGACUGAGAAGGAGCACGAGACGUACGUGCCCAGCGUGGUCCCUUACGCCGCCCCCGCCGUCCAUUACACCGCCCCGGUGGUUUCCUACGCUGUCCCCGAGGUGAAGAAGGUUGAGGUCAAGGCAGUCCCCAUCACCUACGCUGCUAACGCCUUCGCCUACGCUGCUCCUGCUAUCACAUACACCACCCCCGUGGUCAAGAAGGUUGAGGUUAAGCACGUGGCCUCUCCCAUCACGUACGCUGCCUCUCCUCUUCCCCUGACCUAUGGCCUGCACCCGUACGGCUACGGUGCCCCUCUCAUCUACAACGUGGAGGCUAAGGAGGAGACUGCCGCUGUCGAGGAGGCUGCCGAGGAGGAGCCGGCCGUCGUCACCGAGAAGGAGCACGAGACGUACGUGCCCAGCGUGGUCUCUUACGCCGCCCCCGCUGUCCACUACACCGCCCCCGUCGUUCGCUACGCCGUCCCGGAGGUGAAGAAGGUCGAGGUCAAGACGGCCCCCAUCACCUACGCUGCCUCUCCCCUUCCCCUGACCUAUGGUCUCCACCCGUACAGCUUCGGCACUCCUCUGAUCUACAACGUGGAGGCCAAGGCUGCUGAAGUCGAGGAGAAGGCUGAAUAA